GCCGGAAGUAGCAUAUGGAGUCCUGCGCAUGCGGCCUUGAGCUUAGAACCUAGCCAUCUUUCCCAGGGAGUGAUUGUUUGCCGUAUAAAUUUGAAGUAUUCUCAUAUUCAUGUCAGAGCCACAGUCCGCUCUUCUAUUACGGAAACAACUAGCAGAACUGAACAAGAACCCUGUUGAAGGGUUUUCAGCUGGCCUCAUAGACGACAAUGACAUUUAUAGAUGGGAGGUACUCAUCAUUGGACCUCCAGACACUUUAUAUGAGGGUGGAUUUUUCAAAGCACAUCUACACUUUCCAAAAGAGUAUCCUUUACGACCUCCUCGGAUGAAGUUUAUUACAGAAAUAUGGCAUCCAAACAUUGAGAAGAAUGGUGAUGUUUGCAUAUCAAUUCUUCACGAGCCUGGUGAUGACAAAUGGGGCUAUGAAAAAGCAUCAGAACGAUGGCUACCAGUUCACACGGUCGAGACUAUUCUAAUCUCAGUCAUAUCCAUGUUGGCUGAUCCCAACGAUGAAAGCCCAGCAAAUGUAGACGCAGCAAAAGAAUGGAGAGAAAAUUAUACGGAUUUCAAAAGAAAAGUGGCCCGAUGCGUACGGAAAAGUCAAGAAGAAUGUUUGUAGGGCAUUUUUUUUUAUUAUUUGAAUUUGUUCAGGAUUAUUUAAAAUGAGGAAGAAGUACACCACUAUUACGAGGGCCUGAUCUCAUGGGUUUGACAAGGGAAAAAGUUGAUUGCAAUUUUAUUCAAUAUUUUUAAACAUGAAAAUUAAAAUUAACAGUCGCAGUGUCUGUUGAAAAGGGGAAGGGGUAUUGAGAUGCUGCUCCAUGCUAACCGCUGAACAGAUGCAUGAAUUUCCACGGCCCAGAAAGAUAGGCUGCUCCGAGCCCUCAGAAGAUGGGGAGACGCGUGAUUCCACUCACCCAGAUGUGAGCUGCGUGCAGUAUCGUGGUGGUGUCAGCAGGACUGCCUCACAGCAUAAUGGAAGUUUUGCUUCCCCCAAGAGGAAAUAUGAUGGAGCUAGAUUGCAGACUUCAUGUUAACUAUUAUUCCUGUCUUGUUGGGGAGUGCUGCAACCCUACAGCUCUUGGUUGAUGUGUGAAUAUCGAUGUGUGCUCCUGUGAUGAUGUCAUUUUUGCCUUCCCGUCGUCAGAAUAAAAAAGGGCUCUCAGAAACAUCGUAUCGGUGUAGAUGUUAGCUCAAAUAAAUGCCUUUGGAUUGUGUUUUUUUAAUAACUUUUCUGAAAAUGGGGACUUGAAAUGCACGAGAAGAUAGACAAAUAGUGGGUACAUAGUAGAUAUUGGGGGGUGGGGGGGGGGUGUUUUUGUUUAUCUUUCGUCUUCAACGAUAGACUUAUUUCGGAAGGGGUGUGUGAAUGAACAUCGGUUUGUUUAUGGCAUGUUUGUCUACAACAAUUAAAUUAUUAUAAGCUCAGCAUGAGGAAGAGAGUGACAUUGUUUAAGUGUACUGCCAUGUUUUGUCUGGUUUGAAGAAAAUGAGAGAAAUGCAGGUUUUUCACAUUCAAUGCUGUAACUAGCUUUGCACUAAGUAAGUGGCCUACACUUCUCCAUAUUGCCAGAAAGUCUGUACAGAUUGUGUAUAUAUUUGACAGUGAAAUGGCAAUGGUACUAGUAAUAACUUUGGAGAGAUAAUAAAACGAACAUCCCUGUAUUGAAGGGGCUGUUUUCAUUCUGAAGAUGAUUUCACCAGCGAAAGGGGGAAGUAUAAAGGACAUAGAUAUUUAAAACUUAAAUGUGCUUCUUUAAAAAGCGAUCAUAAUUUGUAAAUGCUACAUAUGUGCUUAAAAAUGGAUGUUUCCAGAAAAAAAAAAGUGUAUUGGAUUGUAAGAAAGAAAUAUUGUUGUUACUACUGUAAAUUUUCACCCUGUGACAAUCUUUAAUCCCCCCUUGGCCCAUUGGAAAUCAACUUCAUUUGUUUUUGUUUUUCUCUUUUUCUUUUGAACCAUAUAACUGAUAUUCAGGGAUAUUCUAGUGUACAUGUUCUGAUUUUUGUUCCUUUUUUAAUGCUCAAUAGCCUUGAAGAAGUGUAAUGUAAUUUGACGAUAAAAGAAUUUCAUCUGGAAAAAUUUCUACUUACAUUUAAUCCUCCUUUGUGUGAAAGUGUUUCAUAUUGUUUUAUAUAAAAUGGUUUCUCAAUUUCAGACCCGUCCCAAAGCAGUGUUUGCUGUGUUGAUUGGUAUUUAGUUUUCAUGAUGGUUUAUUAAAAUUAUAUUAUUGGGAAAAAUCCUUGCUAUUUAAAAAUCAGGCUUGGUUCUAAGAUAUGUACUGUGUAAAAUGCUGUGUUGUCUUACAGCCUCUCCUCUUUAGUAUCCAUUUUCCAAUAAAAUGAAUAAAACCAGA